UUAUUUUCCGAGUAUCUGUCACACACCAUAAAUCCUUCACACCAUAACAGCUUUGUUCCUGUAGUUACCUACUCGGGGGAAAACAUGCAUAUGUAUAAUUUUCUUUUUGGUGUCUUUUUUUCUCUUUUCAGUCCAGUUUUCUCAGAUGAAGAUUAUUCACAAUUCGCAGCAUGUUGUACAUCGAAGGGUCCAGGUUUUACAGAUAUAGAGUAUAUCAUUAAGAAUUAUUUUAAUGAUAAAUUAUUGAUAGAGUACAACAGCACAAGAGGCAACUGGACAGGAUUCACAGCCUAUUCAAUUGAGGAAGUAAAAAACUGGAACAGUGAUCCCUAUAAUGCACUGCAGAGAUCAUUUGAAAAGAAAGUAUUGUGUACAGACAACCUACACUUUGCUCAACAAUUAGAUAAUGUUAGAGCUGUACCCACCGUUAAGCUGAAAUUAGUAAAGCACCAGCCCAUGCUCGUGUGCAGUGCCUACAACUUUUAUCCAAAACAAAUCAGAAUGACGUGGUUGCGGAAUGGCCAGGAAGUGACCUCAGCUGUCAGUUUUUCUGAUGCCUUGCCUGAUGGGGAAUGGUAUUACCAGAUUCACUCCUACCUCGAGCACACCCCGACUGCAGGAGAAAUAAUUACCUGUGUGGUCGAACACCUCACCCUCUCUGAGCCAGCGCUUCACGUCUGGGAUCCGUCCCUUCCUGCGCCAGAACGUGUUAAAAUUGUUGUGGGACUGUGUGGUCUGAUACUUGGUUUUAUUAUUGUGAGCUCUGGAUUCAUCUACUACAAGAAGAUGUCUGCUGCAUACUGUACUUUCUACCAAGGACGAGUGUCGAUUCCUGUGGAACACCUCCCUGAAGCUGGAGCAACAAGUGGAUAGUUUUAGUUAUUGUAGUUUUAGUAACUUUCCGUUCAUUUUAUUCUCAUAGUUGCUGUUAGGUGAGGGGCGGCGCUUUACAGCUUAUGCAUAAUUACCACUGGACAGUGUAAAUCAGAAAGCACACACAUGUGUAUGUAUUUUAGUGCAGCCUAUGUGGAAAGGCUGGGGUGGCGGUUUUAUUUGUGCUUACAGUGUGGUGGUGGUCACAGUGAAGGAAGCUUGCAGCAAAAGCAAUAAGAUGUAUGGAAAUAGUGACACUGACAUGUAUUUAUUGCUUUAUGUCAACUGUAGUAAACAAAAUCACAAAAUAAAUAAAGGUUUUGUAUUGAAUGAAA